AUGAGGCAUCCAACGUUUCGGAUAAUAUUGGCCCUGGUUUCGUUGCACCAUGUAACCGGAUCCAUACAAGUUGGCAAAACCGGUCCGAAUGACAACACGUUCAAGACAUUACCACGGUUAUUUUGGCAAGAAAUAUCAUCACCCUUCACCGAUCUACCAGAUGACGACCUUGAGGAGGAAUCGGAGGAAAGCACCACCCAGCAUGACCCAUAUCCUUUCUUCGACGAUGCGAACAUGACGGCAAACGUUACCACCCAGCUGGGUAACGAUGUGUAUUUGCACUGCCGGGUGAACGAUUUGCGAGAACGAACCGUAUCCUGGGUUCGACGGAAAGGCGACGAAAUCCAUUUAAUUACAGUCGGUCGCCAUACGUACAGCAGCGAUUCCCGGUACUCGUUGCAGUAUCAACCGCCCAAUAAUUGGCAGCUGUUGAUCCAAUACGCUAACGAGAGGGACGAGGGCCAUUAUGAGUGUCAGAUUUCAUCCUAUCCGCCUCUGGUGUAUCUUGUUUAUCUAAUCGUUGUGGUGCCAAAAGUGGAAAUUGUUGAUGAGAGAGGUGUUGCAACAGUAGAUAAAUUUUACAAAGCCGGAAGCACCAUCGAGCUCAAGUGUAUCAUCAGCAAGGUCCCACAGCCGACCAGUUACGUGACGUGGAAGCACGGUCUAAGGAUGCUAAAUUAUGACACCAGCAGGGGCGGAAUCAGUUCUGGCGACGAGGAUGAUGAAUCCUGA